CUGGAAACCGGAGCUGGACUCUGCGUUCUUCGCUGUAGUCCCUCUCGCUGUCCACCGAUAUGCCGUUCAUUGAGCUGGACACCAACUUGCCUGCCAACCGCGUGCCUGCUGGGCUGGAGAAGAGGCUCUGCGCGGCCACCGCCGCUAUCCUGGGCAAACCCGAAGACCGUGUGAGCGUUACUGUGCGACCGGGUCUGACCAUGGCACUGGGCGGAACCACAGAGCCCUGUGUCCAGCUGGUGGUCUCCUCUAUUGGCGUCGUGGGGACUGCAGAGGAUAACCGUGGCCACAGCGCCCAGUUCUUUGAGUUCCUCACUAAGGAGCUGGCCUUGGACCAGGACCGGAUAAUUAUCCGCUUUUGCCCCUUGGAACCCUGGCAGAUUGGAAAGAAAGGGACCGUCAUGACAUUUUUAUGAUUGGCACAAAGGAUCCAGGGCAUCUGUGAGUUGGCUGCCCCUUCUGGAGUAUACUCUUGGCAGAGUCAAGGCCUAGUGGAUGUCACCUUUGGGAACCCUUGUGCAGAUUUGUCUAUGACCUCAUAGUUUUUUUCUCCCAUAUCCUCUUGCCAAAUAAACAAGGAGCUCUUCAGCAUUCAAA